UCCACAAGGUUUGCAUUUCAAAACAAGCUGUUGCCCCCACAAGCCAUAGAUUGAUCUACUUUAAAUAAGCUCAGUAGCGGUGGAUUAUUCGUUGCAUUAUUGGAAGGGAUGUGUAGCAGGAGGAGGUCCGUCGCCUACUUCGCCCACGGCAGCCACCGGCUGCUCCCAGCAGACGCUGAUGACGACGGCGAGUUCUCCUGCGACGGCUGUCUGGUCGCCGGCGCCGGGCCCCGGUACCUGUGUGGCCACCCCGGCUGUGGCUUCAAGCUCCACGAGGUAUGCGCGCGCAGCUUCCCGAGGACGCUCAAGUCCAUCGUCCACUCCCAGCACAGGCUGAAACGGCGCGAGAGCGCCGCCGCCGCCGCGGACCAUGGCACCGGCGGCGGCAACGUCAGGUGCGAGGUGUGCGGGGAGGACGUGAAGGGCGCGUGCUACGGCUGCAGCGCUGGCGCGUGCGCUUCCGCGACAGUCGUCGUGCACCCGCUCUGCGUCCGCCUGCCGCCCGUGGCGCGGGGUCCGGCCGCGGCGCACCCCUGCGGCCACGACGCGUGGCUCGUCAAGAAGUCGGAUGGCGGCGCGGCGCCGGCGUCUAUGUGCGCGGCGUGUGGGCGCGGCGUGGGGGUACCGGUGCGGGACGUGCACCCGCGGUGCUUCGUGCCGCCGGCGGACCGGUGCCGCGGCGGCGAGGCGGCGGCCGCCUCCAUGGGGAAGCGCUGCUGCCUUGUGUUUGGGCAGGACUUGACGAGCUGCCUCAACAUCAGCUACUAUUACCGUGGUGCUGGGUAG